AUGGUUGCUCGGUGCAUGGUUGCUCAGUGCAUGGUUGCUCGGUGCAUGGUUGUUCGGUGCGUGGUUGCUCAGUGCAUGGUUGCUCGGUGCGUGGUUGCUCAGUGCAUGGUUGCUCAGUGCAUGGUUGUUCGGUGCGUGGUUGCUCAGUGCAUGGUUGUUCGGUGCGUGGUUGCUCAGUGCAUGGUUGUUCGGUGCGUGGUUGCUCAGUGCAUGGUUGCUCGGUGCAUGGUUGCUCAGUGCAUGGUUGCUCAGUGCAUGGUUGUUCGGUGCGUGGUUGCUCAGUGCAUGGUUGUUCGGUGCGUGGUUGCUCAGUGCAUGGUUGUUCGGUGUGUGGUUGCUCAGUGCAUGGUUGCUCGGUGUGUGGUUGCUCAGUGCAUGGUUGCUCAGUGCAUGGUUGCUCGGUGCAUGGUUGCUCGGUGCAUGGUUGCUCAGUGCAUAGUUGCUCAGUGCAUAGUUGCUCAGUGCAUGGUUGCUCGUACUAAGCAGCAAUAA